AUGAAUAUAAUUUCAACAUUUUAUGCUCUUCUCCUAAUUUCUUCAUCCAUUAACGCUCAACAGAAUUACACACCGCACAGCUGCGGUGGCGGUGCCUCCGACGACAAUGAACUGACCGGACUCUACUCCUGCAACGGCGGACCAACCUCCUGCCGGGCCUUCCUCAUUUUCAAAUCCAAACCUCCUUACGAUUCCGUUUCUUCCAUUUCCAAUCUUACUUCGUCAGACCCAAAUCAAAUCGCCGUAGCUAACAACGUCAGCGUCUUCUCUUUUUUCCCGCCAAACACGCCGGUCGUCGUUCCGCUUCACUGUUCUUGCGUCGUCCGGUUCUACCAAGCAAACGCCUCUUUCGUUUUAUCGCACUCUCAUACCUAUUACGUUGCGGCCACUGAGGUUUACCAGGGCUCUGUAACUUGCCAGGCUCUUAAAUUUGCUAAUGGGUUUGAAGAACUGAAUCUCCGGCCUGGUAUGAUAUUGCUCGUCCCGCUUAGAUGUGCCUGUCCCACCGGGAACCAGACCGGAAUUGGGGUCAAGUUUUUAGCUACUUAUUUGGUUGGUUAUGGCGAGAGGGUUUCUGAAAUUGGGGAGAGAUUCAAUGUGAGUAAGAAGAGUGUUCUUGAAGCAAAUGGAUUUAGUGAAGAAGAUGAUCCAAAUCUAUCUCCCCUUUCGACGAUUUUAGUUCCAUUGUCAACCGAACCAUCAAGUUCACAAAUUAAAUUAGCAUCCUCUUAUACUGCUAAUUGGCAGGGGAAUGAAUCGACAAGAAACAUUUGGGUUGAAAUCGCAAAAGGCGCGGGUUUCUUCCUAUUAGCCACUGCUGUUGUUGCUUUUGCAUUUUUUCUCAUUUACAAAACCAGAGCAAAGGGGAUGGAUUCUAAGAUCGAUAAGAACAUGAUCAGAAAAUGGACGCCACCUGCUGAUCUUCGAGUUGAAAUUGCAAGCAUGGAUAGAGUUGUGAAAGUGUUCGGGUUCGACGAAAUUGUGAAAGCCACAAGAAGAUUCAGUCCUAAGAACAGAGUAAAUGGGUCUGUGUACAGAGGAACUUUUGGCAAGAAGAUGAAACUAGCAGUGAAAAGAACAAGGAUGGACGCCAUUAAAGAAGUUAACAUUCUGAAGAAAGUCUACCAUUUCAAUCUAGUGAAGCUUGAGGGUGUUUGUGAAAACCAUGGUCGUUUUUACCUUCUUUUUGAGUUUAUGGAAAAUGGGUCGUUGAGAGAAUGGCUCAAUAGAGGCAGCAGAAAAGAGAGACAAAGCUGGAGGAAGAGGAUACAAAUUGCUCUCGACAUCGCUAAUGGACUUCACUAUCUUCACAGCUUCACAGAGCCUGCCUAUGUUCAUAACAACAUCAACAGCAGCAAUAUUCUUCUCGACAGCAAUUUAAGAGCCAAAGUCUCGAACUUUAGUUUAGCAAGAGUAACAGAAAGAGCCACGGGUGCCUCUGCCUUGACCACAAAUGUUGUGGGGGCAAAGGGAUACAUGGCCCCAGAGUACAAGGAGACGGGACUUGUAACUCCAAAGAUUGACGUCUAUGCUUUUGGAGUGGUGGUCUUGGAGCUUGUUACUGGAAAAGAAGCUGUUUCUAUGGAAGGGGGAAGAGAGGUACUACUUUCUUCAAUGAAACCCAACAUUGGAGAGAAUAUGGAAGUUCGACUGCCCGGGUUUAUCGAUUCCAACAUUAGAGAAACACAGAAAAUGGAGUUUGCUAAACUGAUGGCUAAGCUAAGUACAGCCUGCUUGAACCAAGAACCAGAACAGCGACCGAGCAUGGGGGAGGUAGUGUCAUCUCUAUUAAAGAUUCAGGUUCAUUUACAGAAGCUACAACCGUCAACAUUGUUAUAUGGCGACCGCCAUCAAUAUGAAGAAAGAAUUGAGGCAGAAACAAAUGUGGAAUUACAGGCAUUAAAUUAA